AUGCCAGAGCUGUGCGAUGGGCGUCUUGAUGAACUCCUGAAAGAAGCGGCUAGUCGCCUCGCGACGAAGCAGCCGCCACGGCCCAAGGAUUGCACCUUGAUUGCUAUGAAGGCCGCGCCUGCCAAUCCAACUCUGGAUUCAAAGGUGCAAGCCAAGGCACAAGACCCAAAGAGCGUUAUGCUUCGCGAUCCUAGGCCAGCGGAGAAGAAGACUGGCAAAGAUAAUGCUGGCCCGGGCUGGUUUGGCAUUCCCAAGACAGACCCUAACGACCCCGAGCUGAAGCGAGACCUUCAGAUUCUUCACAUGAGAGGAACCGCCAUCGAUUCUAAGCGACACUACAAGAAGGAAUCCCUCAAGGCCAAGGUACCUCGCUACGCUCAUGUUGGACGUAUUGUCGAGGGCCCGACCGAGUUCUACAGCGCUCGCUUGACACGCAAGGAGAGAACGCAGACACUGGUGGAUGAGUUGUUAAGCGCAGAAAAGGCGUCGGGCAAGUUCAGAUCCAAAUAUGAGGCGAUUCAAACGAAAAAGGCGAGCGGCAAAAAGGCCUUUUACAAAAAAUUUUACCGUCAGGAUCCGUACUCGACCCUUUCCGCAUGGCAACAGCAUCGCAUUGCUCAAGUAUCUCGGUACAUAUGCAGAGAAGAUGCGCGCUUCGACACUGUUGAGGCCAACCGCCCGCUGCCUGGCGCGGUCACAUUUACAGAGACGCCGCAAGCCUCAGUGAUGCAACCUUCGAAAGCUCCCGAACCAACGAGAAACUCGCAGGCUAUUAGCGAGUCUGACCCUGUGCAACAUUUCUUCGGGAAGACCAAAGAGAACGAACCAAGAUAUCCUCGAGGCGUUCAGGCACUCUAUCUCCAGCCACUACGUCGCGAAGCCGAGUACGGAAUUCCUUCAUGCGACCUUCAGCUGCGCUCAUACAGUUUGAGGAACCUCGAAUUCUUCUCCGACUUUGCCCUUCGCGCAGCGUACUACCUGAAGCUCCCAGCAUUCGGCCCUGUGCCACUGCCUCGAAUUACUGAACGAUGGACGGUUCCCCGGAGUAGUUUCAUCUUCAAAAAGUCACAGGAGAACUUCGAGCGUAUAACGAUGCGUCGCCUUGUUCAAAUCCGCGACGGAAAUCCUGAGACGGUUCAAUUGUGGCUAGCUUUUCUCCAAAAGCACGCCUAUUACGGCAUUGGUAUGAAGGCCAACGUGUGGGACUUUGGAAAGCUUGGUGUCGGCAAGGCCAUGGAUGCCAUUGAUCCAGAGACGACUGAGGCGAUUGACUCGCGGUGGAACCAUCUGGGUCAAAACCGGGAACUUGAUACAGUCGAGAAAGUGGAGGAGUUUUUGGCUACAGUCCGGUUCGAUAAGGAUAGUGGCAAGCGAUCAGAGGGGGAGCGGCGGUUCCUCCAGACCCAAUGGAAGAAAGACGAGGCGGCCAAAAGGAAGGCAGCCUUAAACGUCUGA